AUGGGAAACUGCACCAAUCCAGUGAAAUACAAACUAAAAAAGGACAGGGAUCUCCGUCCGGAGGAGAUAGAAGAGCUGCGGGAGGCUUUUAAAGAAUUUGAUAGGAACAAAGGCUACAUCAAGUGUGCGGAUCUGGGUGAGUGCAUGAGGACUAUGGGAUACAUGCCGACGGAGAUGGAGCUCAUUGAAUUGAGUCAGCAAAUGAGUAAGUGACCUGGGGGUAAAGUCGACUUUGAAGACUUUGUGGAACUGAUGGGUCCUAAAAUGCUUGCAGAAACAGCAGACAUGAUUGGAAUCAAAGAACUAAAAGACGCCUUCAAAGAGUUUGACUCGAAUGGUGAUGGACAGAUCAGCAUUGGCGAACUAAGGGAGGCCAUGAAGAAACUGAUGGGUGAGCAGCUGAACCCAAGAGACAUCGAUGACAUCCUCCGGGACAUCGACCUCAACGGAGACAGAAAUGUGGACUUUGAAGAGUUUGUGAGGAUGAUGUCACGUUGA